CAAACAUCAUGACCAUGGGCAGGAUCAUCUUCUACGAGGACAGGAACUUCCAGGGUCGCUCCUAUGAGACAAGCAGCGACUGUCCUGAGCUGACCUCCUACCUGAGCAGGUGCAACUCCUGCAGGGUGGAGAGCGGCUGCUUCAUGGUCUACGAGAGGCCAAACUUCAUGGGCCACCAGAUCCUCGUGAGGAGAGGAGAAUAUCCAGACAACCAGCGCCUGAUGGGAAUGAACGUGAGCGACUGCAUCCGAUCCUGUCGUAUGGUCCCCAUGCACAGGGGACAGUUCAGGAUGAGGAUCUAUGAGAGGGAGAACUUUGGAGGCCAGAUGCAUGAGCUGAUGGACGACUGCGACAACAUGAUGGAUCGUUUCCACAUGUCUGAGUGCCAGUCCUGCAACGUGAUGGACGGCCACUGGCUGAUGUUCGAGCAGCCCAGCUACCGGGGCAGGAUGGUGUACCUGAGGCCAGGAGAGUACAGGACCCCUAGAGAGAUGGGAAUGGGCAACGUGAUGAGGUUCAGCUCCAUGAGGCGCAUCAUGGAAACCUGUUAG